GAGGAAACUGCUGAGGUUUGUUUUAUGGUAUGUGUGGUUGAUUUCAUACGGAUCAGAGAGAGAAAAGGAGAGUUCAGGAUUUAUUCUUUGGUCCAGUUCGGAUCGGCCCUUGUCAACGACCAGAACGUGCCACUGAAACUGAAAGAAGAAGGAGAAGAAACGCCUGUAAUGACAGCAGUGCCAUGAUAGCUGAAUUAAGUGAAUAAGCACAACAGAGGCAUCGCGCAGCUGAUAACAACAGAAAGAUCUGAGAGAGACAACGGGGAAAACAUCUAGUCGGGCUAACUAGUGGUUGGGCUGUCCCUGAAAGAGUGAAGUGUGGAAAAGACUGUAAACUAGAUAAGACAUGGCAGAUGCUGACUUGGACUUCACAACAGGCGAUGCUGGUGCCUCCGCUACCUACCCCAUGCAAUGUUCUGCCCUGCGCAAGAAUGGUUUUGUUGUGCUAAAAGGUCGACCGUGCAAGAUCGUGGAAAUGUCCACAUCUAAGACCGGCAAACAUGGACAUGCCAAGGUUCACAUGGUUGGCAUUGAUAUUUUCUCUGGCAAAAAGUAUGAGGAUAUAUGUCCCUCUACCCACAAUAUGGAUGUUCCUAACAUCAAAAGAAUGGACUACCAGCUCAUUGGCAUACAGGAGGGCUAUCUGUCUCUUCUCCAGGACAGUGGUGAGGUCAGAGAAGACCUGAAAAUGCCAGAGGGAGACCUGGGCAAAGAGAUAGAAAGCAAGUUUGAUGCCGGUGAAGAAAUCCUGAUCACUGUCCUGUCUGCUAUGAAUGAGGAAGCUGCAGUAGCCAUCAAAGCCAUGGCCAAAUAAAACACAGCAGGGCUUGACAAGAUGCACUGGACCUGGAUAAAAGAGAAUAAGACCUCAGCAAUGCCAUCAACCUUUUUGUUUUCGGUUUUUCAUUCUUUAUCUCUUUCCGUAUUUUGAAACCCAUCUGUGGGUUAAAUAAUUAGGUAAUGCCAUUAUUCUUCCAAACAAAGAGAUCGAGAUGGCAUUUGGGGUGCAGAGAACGUUUUUGGUGUUUGGGGGUAUUUCAUAAAAGAUUGGGAAAGCUUUUUAUUUCACCUUUUUAUUUUUCAACUGAAAAAAACAUUUGUACAGCACCCCAUUUGCGAUCCUAAUUCACAAUAGUAAAUAGUUAUAAGAGGUCUGUUUUGUGGUUACUUUUAUUUAUAAGCAAUUUUGGGCAAAGGGGAAGGAAAAACAUACUGCAAGUUUCCUGUGAAGGACAGACACAAAGGCUGUAACAUGAGUAAUAGGAUGCAGUUUUGUCUCUUCACUCCAGGACCAAGUGUUCUGUGUACCUUCUCUUUCCUCUUCAGUACCUUAAUGUAAAAAACCCUAAGACAAGUGACAAUAUCACACCAGCAGGUGUGUACAUAAGGAUACAUGAAGGCAGAGCCCCUACUGCUUCCCCAAAAAGACGAGGAGAAUCACAAUGUUGUUACGAGGAAGUCACCAUUUUAUUAAAAUUUCAAAAAAACUUGCUUUCCAGAUAUAUUGUGAGAUAUUGAAGAAGGUGCCAUAAGCCUUAGAUCUCUUGCUGAAAUAAAAGAACACAAUUUUCUACCUAUAAUGCCCUGGCCUGAAGUGGCCUAAGGUGGCUUGAUUGAUGCUUGGCGAUCAAGGUUGAAAGACAAAUGAACGCUAGACUUCUGUCUUUAAAUUUGGGGGCUGGCUGAAAUUUUGAAAGAAUGGUAAUUAUCCCUUCUGUGUCCUUAUCAAUUCAGUGUUACAGAUUUGACUGUCAUACACAUUACUCUCGACUUGACAGCAGUGUAAGUAAUGUAACGGUUUUGUUCUUUCCAAGACUGUGAUUCAAAAUA